UGUUACAAACCCUUUUUCCUUCACCAUGGCUGAUUCCUUCAACCCAUUCUUUCUCCUUCCUCUACUACUCGUCAUCAUCGCCACCACCGCCGUCGUCGUACCCCGAAACGUCGUCGUCGAGGCCGCCCCGGACCUAACCCUGGUCUCGUCCCUCUGCGGCACGUACCGCGAUGUCAACGGUUACUGGAAGGACCUAGCCUCGACAGCCGUGCAAUAUGCCGUCGAACACACACUCCCCGGCGACUCAAAUCGUUGCUCGGAGAUCAACGGCCAUCCACCCAUGUACAGUAGGGUUACGUGUUCGGAAUCCGUUUCUCCGGCGGAUUGCACCGACUGCAUCAACUACGCCGGAGACCAGCUGGUGAAUCGGAACAUCUGCGGCGAUCACUACGGCGCCCAGAUCACCUUUGUCAGUUGCUCAAUGAGGUAUGAGAUCAAUCCGAUAGACGAAUGUCCCAGCUUUCGUUAAUCCGAUCAUCAGCAAGAAAAAGAAAAAAAACAAAGUGGAAACGAGUUAUUAAUCGUCGGUACUUAAUUAAUGUUUAGUCAUCUU